AUGGGUGCAUAUGAUCUCGAGAGGGAGGACAAGGAGCGUGAUGCGGCCUUCAAGUCUGCCAUGCACGGCAAGACUGCCGCUGAGAAGAACACUAUCUGGGCUAUGAUGGGCAAGAACAAGGACGCCCACAAGCUCGCCGUCGACGAGUACUUCAAGCAUUGGGACAACAAGGCUAGCGCGGACGAGACCGACGAGAUUCGCAAAGCUCGUCGAGACGAAUACGCCACCUUGACACGACACUACUACAACCUCGCCACGGAUCUCUACGAGCAAGGAUGGUCGCAGAGCUUCCACUUCUGUCGAUUCAGCAAGGGCGAGUCCUUCAGACAAGCGAUUGCGAGACAUGAGCAUUACUUGGCAUUGAAGAUGAAUCUGCAGGAGGGAUCGAGGGUGCUCGAUGUGGGCUGCGGUGUUGGAGGCCCAGCAAGAGAGAUUGCCAAGUUUGCUGGUGUGAACGUGGUGGGAUUGAACAACAACGACUACCAGAUCGAGCGGGCCACACACUACGCUCAACAGGAGAAGCUGUCGGACCAAGUGAGCUUCGUCAAGGGCGACUUCAUGCAGAUGAGCUUCCCGGACAACAGCUUCGACGCGGUCUAUGCUAUCGAGGCUACCGUGCACGCCCCAAGCUUGGAGGGCAUCUACUCUGAGAUCUUCCGAGUUCUCAAGCCUGGGGGUGUCUUUGGUGUGUACGAGUGGCUGAUGACCGACCAGUAUGACAACGACAACCCUCACCACCGCAAGAUCCGGCUUGGAAUUGAGCAAGGAGAUGGUAUUGCGAACAUGGAGAAAAUCGAUGUCGCAUUGAAGGCCAUGGAGGCAGCUGGCUUCCAGCUCGAGUUGAACGAGGAUCUCGCGGACAGACCCGAUGACCUUCCGUGGUACUAUCCUCUCUCUGGCGAGCUGAAGUACAUGCAGACCAUCUGGGACUUUCCAACGCUGGCACGCAUGACGCACAUUGGACGAGGGUUGGCGCACAGAUUCAUUGGCGCCCUCGAGACACUUCGCCUGGCGCCCGUCGGUACACAGAAGACGGCGGACUCCCUUGCGGAGGCGGGUGACUGCCUGGUGGCCGGUGGCAGGGAGAAGUUGUUCACCCCAAUGUACUUGAUGGUGGGCCGGAAGCCGGCAUCGAAAUAG